AUUAACCAGUAUAAAAGUAUGCAGCUUCGGUAUUUCAGAGCACUUGUGUCUACCGUCUCGAGUAGAAACAUUCUGCUAACAGUUGUUCAGUUUCUAGCGCCGCAUUUAAAAAGAAGUCAUGGCAUCAAAGUACGUGGUGAUCCUAAUUAUGGUGCUGGCAAUAUCAUCUGGAGUUUGGGGAGUACCCGAAGAGGCUAAUAGAAAUCUUUUGGAUCUGAGCCGUCCAUGUAUUAGAGGACUGAAUAACGACUUACAACUUGCUAGACUCUUGCUUUUACCGCAAUGGCUUUGUCAUCCUAAACGCAAUUCUGAGCUGAUAAACGCGCUGCUGGGCCUACCGAAAAACGUGAACAUCAGUGGAAAAUAAAAACUUCCGGAUAAUCGUUUGAAGACAGUAUUAUAUUUCAUAAAAUUCAGUAGUAAUUCAGCUACGUUUUAUUUAUCAUGUACAUUCAACAAAUUUAUUCAGCCUAAUAAAAGCUUAUUAGUAAUAAAUAAAUGUAAAAGAGUAUGCUGCCGUUGUUGACCUUUUAUCAACCAACCACCUAUUCGUAGCUGUUUCAAAAAAUAUUCAACCAAAAUAAAAUAAUAUACUUCUAGAAAUAUUGUUGUAUGAAGCAACGUCUGAAGGAAUAAUAAAA